UCAUCCGCCAUUUUCCCUCGCUCUCUUCUCAGAUUCCUCAGAACGAUGCAGCGACAGAAAUCCAUACUCUCCUUCUUACAAAAACCCUCAUCUGAAAACCCUAGCUCCGGCUCCUCUUCCUAUACUGAGAUUCUCCAACGCCGCCGCCUGGCGCAGUUUCUGCCGAAGCAGCUGAAGCAGAACCCUUCCAUUGCAGCGGAAUCCGUUGCUCCGACUGCAAGCGACCUCCCGCCGGAGGUCUUGGGGACGGAGACUCCGCCAGAAAAGCCCCGGGGUCGGGUUCUCCCAUCGAGAUGUUCAGCAGAUGGCGAUGCUGGAGCUCGGACCCUCUCGAGCAUAAUGCAGAAACUAUCAAAGGAGGACGAACAUGAAAGCUCUCCUGAUCGGAACCAACAUAAAGGUGCUUUCGUUAGUUAUUCAUACUCAAACAAGCUAGAUGAUAGUCAAGGAUUACAGAAACAGAGAACAUCCUUUCAACAUCUCUCAAAGGACAAUGUUUCUAUAGUUGAUGGUAGUUACGAUCAAGUGAGUUCCUUAAAUAUUGAAAGUAUCCCUGAUGUGUUGGAGCCAGAAACACCUGCUAUGCGGCCUCUUGUUCCCCGCUUGAAGAGGAUUCAAGAGGAUGCUCAUAACUUUGGUGAUAAGCGUGAUACUUAUUUUCUGGAUUCGAGUAAAAGAAUGAAGCUACUGCAAGAUUCAGGGACAAAAAACAAGAUCAAUGGUGUAGUAUGUGAAACAACGGGCAGUAAGUUUGAAUGGCUCGACCCUUCAUUGAUUAGAGAUGCUGCUGGAAGAAGGCCGGGUGACGCCCUCUACAACAAGAGAACCCUCUACAUACCACCUGAUGCUUUAAAGAAAAUGUCAGCAUCUCAAAAACAGUAUUGGACUGUAAAAUGUCAGUAUAUGGAUGUGGUCCUCUUCUUUAAAGUGGGCAAAUUCUAUGAGCUCUAUGAGUUAGAUGCUGAGAUUGGUCAUAAAGAGCUCGAUUGGAAAAUGACGAAUAGUGGUGUUGGUAAAUGUAGACAGGUUGGUAUUUCUGAGAGUGGAAUUGAUGAUGCUGUUCAAAAGCUAAUAGCUCGUGGGUACAAAGUUGGACGGAUGGAACAGAUCGAGACAUCCGAUAAAGCCAAAGCUAGAGGGGCAACUGCUGUGAUUCAAAGGAAAUUGGUUCAUGUAUUCACGCCAUCAACUACAACCGAAUGGAAUAUGGGGCCUGAUGCUGUUCAUCUUCUUGCUUUGAAAGAGGGGCAUUGUGACCUGGAAAAUCGCUCAACUGAAUACGGGUUUGCUUUUUUGGACUACGCUGCUUUAAAAUUUUGGGUUGGUUCUAUGUGUAAUGAUGCUUCUUGCGCCACUUUGGGGGCUUUGUUGAUGCAAGUUUCACCGAAAGAAUUGGUGUACGAAAGCAAAGGGCUUUCUAGUGAAGCUCACAAGGCACUCAAAAAGUAUGCUUCAGCAGGUUCUGCAUUGCAAUUGAGUCCUGUGCUACCAGGCACAGUUUUUGCAGAUGCUUCAGAAGUUAGAAAACUAAUAGAGUCUAAAGGAUAUUUUAAAGGGUCUUCUGAUUCUCGGGCUUCUGGACUUGAUAGUGUUAUGGUUAGUGAUCUUGCCAUAUGUGCUCUCGGUGGACUUGUCGAUCAUUUAUCUAGGUUGAUGCUAGAUGAUGCAUUACGUAAUGGAGAAAUUUUGCCUUAUCAAGUGUAUUCAAGCUGCCUAAGGAUGGAUGGCCAGACUCUUGUAAAUCUUGAGAUUUUCAGCAAUAAUGUUGAUGGUGCUGCAUCUGGUACACUAUACAGACAUCUUGAUAGUUGUAUCACUUCGGCUGGGAAGCGGCUUUUAAGAAACUGGAUCUGCCAUCCACUGAAGAAUAUUGGAGAAAUCAAUGAUAGGCUUAAUGUGGUAGAGGGAUUAAUGAAGCAGUCCGAAAUAACAUUCAUCAUAGCACAGUAUCUACGGAGACUUCCUGAUCUUGAAAGACUGCUGGGACGAGUUAAGGCCAGCGUUGGGUCCUCAGCUGUACUUUCAUUGCCCUUAAUUGGAGAAAAAGUAUUGAAGCAGCAGGUGAAAGCAUUUGGCACUCUUGUUAAAGGGCUUCGGAUUGGUAUGGAAUUGCUAGUAAUUUUACAGAAAGAAGAUUAUGGAAUCUCGUCACUAUCAAAAGUUUUGAAUCUUCCAUUGCUUAGUGAGCUUGAUGAUGUUCUCACACAAUUUGAAACUGCUGUGGAUGAUAGCUUCCCCCAAUACCAGGAGCAUGAUAUAAAAGAUUCAGAUGCUGAAACACUAUCCAUUCUUGUUGAGUUGUUUGUCGAAAAAAGUUCUCAAUGGACUCAAAUCAUCCAUGCCCUCAGCCGUGUUGAUGUGCUACGAUCUUUUGCAGUCAUUGCAAAUUCUUCUCGUGGGUGUAUGUGCAGGCCUGUUCUCGUGCCUCCUAAUUCCACUUCCGUGCUUUCAAUCCAAGAAACUGGAGGAUCGAUACUUAAGGUCAAGGGCCUAUGGCAUCCAUAUGCUAUUGGAGAGAAUGGGGGCGAUCCUGUCCCAAAUGACAUAUAUCUUGGUGAAGGUACAGCAGGCUACUGCCCUCGAACGUUGCUGCUGACUGGACCAAAUAUGGGUGGAAAAUCAACCCUUCUGCGUGCAACAUGUCUGGCUGUUAUUAUGGCCCAGUUGGGCUGUUAUGUUCCUUGUGAAAUGUGUGUUCUAUCACCUGUGGAUAUUGUCUUCACAAGGCUUGGUGCAACUGAUCGAAUCAUGACGGGCGAGAGUACCUUUUUUAUUGAAUGCUCGGAAACAGCAUCAAUUCUUCAAAAUGCCACUCAAGAUUCUCUAGUUCUGCUUGAUGAACUCGGCCGAGGAACAAGCACAUUUGAUGGAUAUGCAAUUGCCUAUGCAGUAUUCCGCCAUCUCAUCGAAAAAGUCCAAUGCCGUCUUCUGUUCGCCACUCACUAUCACCCCCUCACAAAGGAGUUUGCUUCUCACCCUCAUGUGAGCCUUCAACAUAUGGCCUGUGCUUUCAAUCAGAGAAAUGGAAGCUCCUCUAUGGGCAACCAGGAGCUGGUUUUCCUCUACAAGCUCACUUCAGGAGCAUGUCCAGAGAGCUAUGGGCUGCAAGUUGCACUCAUGGCCGGGAUCCCGAAGUGGGUGGUUGAAGCUGCAUCAAAAGCUAGUGGAGCAAUGAGAAGGUCUAUUGGAGAGAAUUUCAAGUCGAGUGAAGGGAGGUCGGAGUUUUCAACUCUCCACGAGGAAUGGCUGAAGACUAUAUUGGCCGUUUCUAGGAUCAACGGAUGCGAUCUGGACGAGGAUGAUUCCGAUACGCUGCUUCUCUUGUGGCAUGAGCUGAAGAACUGUUACAGAUUACUCAAGGGAAAGGAAUAGAGCGUCAUAUCCAUACUUGCAGUGUAAAAUGAUGAAAAAUAGUUUUCUUUUGGGUAAGGGGGAAGUAAGCUGUUAUCCUUGCCCAGUAUCUACCUACGCUGUAAAGAAGCUAUAGUUUUGAAAUGAAUAGAUGCUGUUUGGUCUUCA